AUGUCUGGCAACUUUCCUGCUAUGUUCCUCGCCGUCGCUUUUACCUUGUUACUUUCGAUUUCCUUCCUAUAUUUCUCUCCUGAUGGUAUCAUCCUUGUGUCGACAGCCUCCAACCAGGUGGAGGUUGAGCUGAAGGAUGAGGGAGACGAGGUGAGCACCACGAUCGAGGCACAUGAUCAAUCAGUGCCAAUGCUCAUCCCAAUUAGGACGCUACCGAUGGCAUGGCGCUUGUUCACUCAUUCCGACAUGAACGAAGAUGUAGAGCCAAGUGAGCACGCCACGCACUCUGUGCAUGCCUCACACGGUGCAUUGCUCUUCAACCUCGCCGCCAUGUCCUCCGGGGUCCAGUCAACGACCUCGAACAUGCUAUUGUAG